AUGAAGCCUCAGGCCGCCAUUCUCAUCCUCUCCUUCUGUGCCUCCGUCUUCGCUGCUCCCGUUCAUCACCGUGCCGUUCACCACAAGCGCCAGGUUCACGUCAGAGAUGUGAGCUACGCCUCCUCCUAUGCCUCUACUGCGACCAGCGCCGUGGCCAACGCUUGCAAGGUCGCCGCCGCCUCCUCCAGCGCCGCUGUUGAUUCCUAUUCCACCGCUGGCUCUAGCGCUGUCCAAACCAGUGCUCCUUCCACCAGCUCCCAGGCCAGCACGUCAAGCGGAGAUGGCGAGGAAUCUAGCGGCUCCGAUUAUGGUGCUACUCCUUCCGGGGCUUCCGCAUCUGUAGCCGCCUCUCCCAGCGGUUAUUCAAGUAGUAGCUCUAGUAGUGGCUACAGUGGUGGCUCUGGAACAUCUAGUGGCUCGGAUGCCUCUUCUUCUGGCUACUCCGGGAGCUACGGUGGCUCUGGAACAUCCAGUGGCUCGGAUGCCUCUUCAUCUGGUUACUCCGGAAGCUACGGCGGCUCUGGAACAUCUAGCGGCUCGGGUGCCUCUUCUUCUGGCUACUCCGGGAGCUACGGUGGUUCUGGCACCUCUAGCGGCUCGGGUGCCUCCUCUUCAGGAUAUGCUAUGGGCUCUGGAUCAUCUGGUAGCUACGGUGGUUCCGGAACUUCUAGCGGCAAAGGCGCCUCUUCUUCCGGCUAUGCUAUGGGCUCUGGUUCAUCUGGCAGCUACGGUGGUUCUGGAACUUCUAGCGGCAAGAGUGCCUCUUAUUCUGGCUACUCUAAGGGUUCUGGAAGCUACGGUGGUUCUGGAACCUCUACUGGUGAUAGCGCCUCUUCUUCUGGCUACGCUAUGGGUUCCGGGUCAUCUGGAAGCUUCGGUGGUUCUAGCACCUCUAGCGGUCAGGGCGCUUCUUCUUCCGGCUAUGCUAUGGGCUCUGGAUCAUCUGGCAGCUAUGGUGGCUCCUCAACCUCUAGCGGCGAGGGCGCCUCUUCUUCUGGCUACUCUGGGAGCUACGGUGGCUCCGCAACCUCUAGCGGCGAGGGUGCCUCUUCUUCUGGCUAUGCUGAUGGAUCAUCUGGCAGCUACGGCGGUUCCGCAACCUCUAGCGGCGAGGGUGCCUCCUCUUCUGGCUACGCUGAUGGAUCGUCUGGCAGCUACAGUGGUUCCGCAACCUCUAGCGGCGAGGGUGCCUCUUCUUCUGGAUCGGCUAGCAGCUACGGUGGUUCCGCAACCUCUAGCGGCGAGGGCGCCUCUUCUUCUGGAUCGGCUAGCAGCUACGGUGGUUCUAGUACCUCUAGCAGCGAUGGUGCCUCUUCUUCUGGCUACGCUGAAAGCUCUGGGUCGUCCAGCAGCUCCGGCAGCGAAAGCGAGAGCGGCUCUUCCACCAGCUCGUCCUCAGGCGCUUCUUCCUCUGACAGCGCUGCUGCGGCUGAAGCUUCCAGCGCCUCCGUCACCAGCUUUUAA